GCACGUUGCUACGCAUGUCCAUGUGAAACUUAGUAACCAUACGCUACCAACCGUUACCACUAGCAACAAUAUUUAUCGUUUAAAAUGCUACCACAUCUAGUUCGCUUCGGUUCGGUCGAUAGAGAGGUCCACCUUUACUUGACUUCCCGACACCAUUUUAGUUUAGUACGAUGAUGCUGCGGUGCUCCGGAUUGCCAUUUCUACCCGGUAACACAUUCCAGGACAUUGGUCGCUCUAAGUUCCACAAAUCGCACCACUUCGACCAGCGCAACCAGGUGUGCAUACUCGUCGAUGCGAAGCGUCCCGGCAUCGGUGGUACACCGCUGCUAGCGACCGACAGUCCCGAAUAUACGUUGCCCUCGCUCUACCCACCGAAGUAUGGCCCGUCUCGUCCUGCCUGGUUGGAGUACGAUCGGCAGGUGCUGUGUUUUUAUGGAUUCUUUCAGGAAACGCUUGGUAACGUAGACCGCAUACCGUACCAAAUCCGAAAGGUGCGCAUUCUCUACUAUCUCGAAGAUGAAACGAUGCAGGUAAGCGAACCGCGUACGCUCAACUCCGGCAUACCGCAGGGUUGCCUGGUAACGCGUCAACGCAUACCAAGACCUCCGCCGUACGAUAGUGAGUUUACCUCGCUGCUAGAUCUGAACAUCAACCACACGGUACAACUGUUCGAUCGGGUCUACACCAUCACCGGAUGUGACGAGUUUACGCGCCGAUUCCUUAACCGGUUGGGUGUCGCCGUGCCGGGAGCCGUCGAACAACCGAGCGAUCCAGCAACGGACCUUCGACGGCAGCAAGAUUCGGCCAAAAUGGCCAGACGGCCCGCGUACAAAAUUGAUACGUUGGGAAAAUUUCUCCAGUACGAUCGGAAGGUACUCCGGUUCAAGGGUGUUUGGGACGAUCGUGGAAGCGUAUUCGGGGACGUUCACGAGAUGGACGUGCUGUAUCAUCUCAGCGACGAUACGUUUGAAAUUAAGGAGAAAUUACCCGUCAACUCGGGUCGCGAUUCGAACGGAAUGUUUCUUCGCCGUGGCCGGUUGCCGAAAACGUUCGACCAUCUACCCUCGAUGGGCGAAAGCACACCGGUGAUGGUGUUGAAUGUGGUCGGCGGUGGUUUAAAGGGCGGUCGCUACUUAACCGAUUGUGUUGGCAUUGGCAAAUCGGACGGGAAUUACUACCGCGAUAUCGAUUUGCGCAUCGGUGCGAGAAUUAAUGUGUACGGCCGUAUGGUUCUAUUGACCGGAUGCGAUCGGUUCACCGAGAGUUACUAUCGCGAGAUGUAUGGCUUGGAGGAUUUCACACCCUUGUACGGGUACAGUGCACCUCGGGAGCAAUUUGUGCAUGGUCGGCGCACGGAACGAGAACUGCCACCGUUUAACGGUUGGGGUACGCAUGAAGAUUCGGAAGGUAAUUGCCUAACGCUCGAACCGAAACCACCCAAAAUUAAUUUCCGCAAGUUCGUCGUAUACGACCGGUGCAGUUUACGGUUUGGCGCCAGAAUGAUAUCGAACAUACGGGAGAAUAAUGAUCGAUUCUUCGUUAUCAAUUUCUACCUGAGUGAUGAUACGAUUUCGGUGUACGAAAUUCCCAUUCGUAAUUCGGGCUUCUUGGGUGGGGAAUUUAUCAAACGGCGCAAGCUGUUUCUUCCUGCACAGGAUCCCUACUCCGCUGAGCGUCCCGCCUGUUACGGGGCACAACAUUUUUAUCUGGGCGCGAACGUACGCCUGCAGGAUCACCAGUUUCACAUUACGAAUGCCGAUAUUUAUGCGCUUCGCUUCAUGGAACAACACUGCGAAGAGUUCCCACUGUCGAACUUGGGCAAGAUUGUGCGUAAGUUGCGCGAUGCAAUGCAACCGCAGUACAAACAGUACGUGGCAAAGCAUAUGGCGAAGAUCACGCAGAUAAAACUUGACGGACGCACGGUCAGCACGAUCCCGUACGAGGGUUUGCGGGAGAUACUGAUCGAACUGCUCGGUGAUCGUAUCGUCGAUCAAGAGAUAGUGACGCUGUGUCGGUUAUUUUCUGCUGAAUCGGAACAACCGGAUCCGUGCGAUCGAGAACUGGUCCGGUCGGCGGUCCAUGCCGAACUGAACCGUGCCCUGUGGAGUGAUCUGGAGCGUACGAAGGAACACAUCUACCAUCUGGAACCAAUCGAUGCCGAAUGGUUGUCACCGCAGCGAAUACGUACGAUCGUGAAGGCCUGCAAGAUACCGCUAGAUAGUGUUUUGGUCGACAAGAUGCUGCUAGUUUUAAACAAAAAUGACCAAGGCCACAUAUCGACCUCAGACUUCCUCACAAUGCUGGAUCCGUCCGCCAUUCCUAGCAAACCGAUACAACCGCUCAAUAUUAAGCAUGAUGUGUGUCACUUUACACCGUACCGCGUAACGGGUAAGUUGGUCAACUGGGAUGAACUCUUGGCGCACAUCGAUCUCGAACGGACGCUGACGAACCAAACAUCCUAAAAGCUUUCAACACUUUUGCUAAAUUAAUUGUGUGUGUUUUGUGUGGGUGUGCGAUUUAUUUAUGCCGAAAAAUACAGUUCCAAGAUCAUCAUUCACAUUUUCA